GAUGACUCUUUUUGCAGAAAGACGCGAAUACGAGUUGUGGGUUGGGUUGAAGCCAGUCAGACGAUCGGCAGCCGGACUUUCGGUGAUUGCGAAACCCCGCGCUGAACCGGGCCUAAACCGGCAUUUCGGACUCUCGUUUUCUCCUUUGCAACGUCGCAUUCCUGCAACCCACAAACGUCCAAACAGCCAGCAAUGAGUUCGAGAAGGCCUGUGACGGAUAUUUCCUGCAGUCGCUGCAAGUCAAAGAAGAUUCGAUGCAAUAAAGCACAUCCGCGAUGCGACAAAUGCCAGUCAAUUGAUGCAAGAUGCAUAUACUUACCGCGUAAAGCUCGAGACAAGAAACCAAGGGGAGUUCACGACAAAGAUAUCCUGUCCGAUAUUCUCUCGCGCCUGGAUCGCUUAGAAAGGCAGAGUGCGCAUGAAAGUAGGACAGAUGAAGAGGAUGGUUUUAGUUCAAGAUCCCUUUCAUUUGUUCAGUCAAACAACAACAGACAAAGCUCUCCACCCACCCAAUUGCCAGGGCGAAGCACGUCGAGCCAUUCUCUACAUAGCGAUCUUCUUUACCAACUCCGGUACGCAGGACGUAACCUUGUCGAAAAUGAAGUAUUCAGCAAAGCCAUGAGAAAUGCAAUGAUGGAAAUCGAGACUUCCACAAACUGGCAAGAAAGAGACCUGCCAAUAAACCCUCCUCCACUCUCAAAAGAAAUGGCAAAGCGAUGGGCAGGUAUGUUUUUCGAUAGUUCUCAGUGCGAGGGCUUUAGAUGCCCCCUGGAAAAGGAUUUUGUCCUUUCCAUCCCUGAUCUACUAGAAAUACGCCAUGUCAAGCUUGACAGCACCUGCCUGAUCAUCUACUAUAACAGUGUUCUUCAGGGUAUGAUGAUAGAUACGGAGCCUGUUCCCAACAGAGGCGUCUUGGUGCAACACCUCUAUCGGAAGUGCACGGACCUCGUGGACAGAUGGCGGAGCGAAGCUCAAAAUACUUACGUGGACUUUUAUGCAGCUUUUCUCAUGAUGCCGAUGUCUCUCGAGGGUUGUAAUAUCGAAGAAGCUUGGAAUGUUUAUGGAGAUGUUUGCAGGAUUGCGAAAGCCCUGGGAUACUUUACCAUCGACGAGGUCUCAUCAGAAGGUCACGAUGAUUCCGCCGAGGAUAAGAGUGGAAUCAGUGACAAUCGAAAACGACUCGAAUUCUGGUAUCUCCUACAGACGGAUUGUCUUUUCCGCUUCUAUUUUGGCAGACCAGGUAUCAUUUCCAGGGAGUCCUGGGUGGUGAACUUCCCCAACGCUACUAUAGAAGACGUCGAUGAUCCGUCUACACGUUUCAUACAGAUUCAUUUCCUUGCAUCGAUGCGCCUUACUUUGGUACUACUGAAAUAUUUAGAUUUGGUGGACAACUCAGAGAAUGUUCAACACGCUGGGUAUGAUGAAACCCUUGAUAGACUUGCAGAGGAGGUUGUUUCGAUCACGUCUACCUGGAAGGUGGAGGAACUUCUUGAAACCACCACAACUACCUUCGACUCGUGGUUUUGCGCAGACAUCGUGUUCAACGGCUUCAAGAUCCUUAUCAUACUACACGGAUCUAAGAAAUGCAAUCAACAAAACCAGAGCGCACCAAAAGAGUCUGUGGAUAUUGCGAGGACUUCCAUCCUCAAAAUGAAAUACCUCAUCAGCACUGCUCCCAGAAUGCAUUGGGGCACCAGCCAAAUUUUAUUACACCAAUUCGUACCGUUUCUUAACCUGUGCUCGAAUAUCAUCGACGCCCAUAAACGUAGUGACAUCGAAUCAGACCUCGCCUUGGUUAUGAUGGUCAGCGACUUUGUGCGCAGAGAGGCAAUGGAGAGAAUACAGCUAGAGCCGAUCAGGAUCUUAAUGAAGGCGAUGGCCGAAGCUUGUCAACAGAUUGCAUUGGAUCUUGAUUGAGCAUGAAUUUGGUGCUCGGUUACAUUGGAUUGAUAAGAUAGUAUUGAUUAUUUUUAUAUAUCCUGCAACACAUGCUAGAAAAUUGAUAUACAGCAUACAUAGCAUUGACAAUCUAAUUCAAACUCUCGCA